UUCGUGUACUCGACUAACAAGAUCUCGCACAGCAGCCGUGGACUUGUGCAUGAAGUCAUCCCAUUCAUGGACCUCCUCACCGAACACGUCGACGAGUUCAUCGCCGAUGAAAUGUUGCACCUGGCCGUCCGUGGCGCCGCCAAACGCGGCCGCGCCAUCUUGGACAAAUACUACACACUGACGGACACCACCAUCGUGUACCGUAUCACGAUGAUGCUUCACCCUCGCUACAAGACCCAGUACUUCAAGGACCAGUCCUGGCCUGAGGACUGGAUCACCGAGGUGUGGGCGAUCAUCGAGAAGGAAUGGACCAGCAACUACAAACCCAAGGACGCCCCUGCACCCGCUGAUAUCCCUGCAGUGCCAGCACCGUCAGCGUCUCAACCGGGCCCUGGUAGAUGCAGCGCAGCUGCAUCUGCUGCGUCCGCGGCUGGAUGCGUCAACGCGCUGAAGAAGUACCUGGAGGAACCCCCGGCCGAGACCGUGACUGAUCCCCUCAAGUACUGGGAUCUGGUCCUCAAGUCGUCAUCGGAGUUUAGCGGCGAGCAUGCCCUUGCUCGGAUGGUGAUCAACUUCCUUUCCGCUCCAGCCACAUCAACGGACACCGAGCGUGCAUUCUCACGCGGUCGCCUCACCGUCUCCCGCCUUCGUCAUUCGCUCGCGGACAAAUCCGUCCGCGUGAACACUGUUCUCAGUUCAUGGGCUCGCAUUGCGGACCUCCUUCCUGAGGCCGACCUUGUCGAGGUCAUC